GGAGUCAAUGGUACGUGAUCCCUGGCACUUUGCAGCUGGGAAUCAGGCUGUCACGGCAGAAAUAUUACUCUGAGUAAGCAAGAGUGGGGAUCUUCAAAGGAGCUCGAGGGAAUUAGAGACCUGACCUCCAUCAUUGUUAUUUAUAUCCCGUAUUUGCCCCAGUGUGGCAUUUCUUACGUAUCCCCUUCACCUGGCAGAGGGUCUGCCUGCUGUUUGCACCUUUGAAAAUAGCCCCAGGAGCUCUGCUUUUGGAAAUGGGUUCCUAAAUCACCUAGGCCCUUUUAAAAAUGUUUACCCGGAGCCAUGAGGGAAACCCAAAGCAGGGCUAAGCUGUGGGAGCAGAUUUUUGGGGCAGCGAGGUACAGCUCUGAGCUGCGAGCAGCCCCUGGGGAUGGCUAAUUAGAAACCACCGCCACACCAAGGCUCCCUUUCUCUUUGCAGCCAUUUGGGCAGAUAGCCCUGAACUACGCCCAGCUGCAGAGAGCCAGAAUUGGUCCAGAGGUGCUGGGGCCUAUUUAAGCUGUGAAAUGUGACUUCUCACAUGAUUCCAGCAUGAUCGAGAUAUCUGCUCAGCCCCCGGGCUCCCCUGCCUCUGCUCCCACCCUGUUCCUUGUGCGGGCUUCUUGCUGACCAGGCCUGGGAAAAAAGCAGCAGGAUGAAAUUCAAGCACAGGCUGGAAGCAAUGCGAGGCAGGCUCUUCAAGGGCCCCGGCACCGGUGAGCAGGAGGUUUCCCUUGAGGGGGUGACCGUGGAAGAGGAUGAGCGCAGCUGCUUGCUACCCAAGAGCCCCGGGCUGGGCAGGCUGUUCCCGGUGUCCCACCUCCGCGACGUCCUGUCCUUCUCCACUGAAGACCCAGACGCCGACGACGCGUGCCUGGGGACAUGGCAGCGUCUGGAGCCACCCCUGGGCACCUGCAGCUCCUGCGUCCGGUACGUGGCCUUCAGCUGGAACCUCCUGUUCUCCAUCCUGGGCUUGCUGACCCUGGCGGUCGGGGUCUGGGGGCUCCUGGACAAGGAGUCGCUGCUGGGCGAGCGCGUCGGGCUCCUGGGCACGGACCCCAUGCUCUUCCUGGCCCUAGUGGGGCUGGCGGUCAGCACGCUGUCCCUGGCGGGCUGCGUGGGGGCCCUCUACGCCAACGUCUGCCUCCUCAAGUUCUUCGCUGGGGGUGUCCUCACCUUCGUGGCCAUGGAGCUCCUGGGUGGGCUGCUGCUGUACGCCCUGAGGCACCGGAUCAAGGACUCGCUGCGGGACACCAUGCUGCUGGCCGUGCUGCGAUAUCAGGACGACCUCGACCUGCGGUUCCUCAUGGAUGAAAUCCAGACGGGCUUGCAGUGCUGCGGGGUGGAGUCCUACUUGGAUUGGGAGACCAACCUGUAUUUUAACUGCAGCUCUCCCGGCGUCCAAGCCUGUGGCGUUCCAGCUUCCUGCUGCCUGGAGCCUCUGGGAAACGGGACCAUCACCAACUCGCAGUGUGGCUUUGGGGCCCUGGGUCUGGCGGCCUCCAUGGCUGCAGGCACCAUCUCCCUUGGGGGCUGCCUGCCCCAGGUGACGCGGUGGCUCAACAGCCACGUGGGGGUGAUCGGAUCCUACUUCGCCUGCCUGCUGGCUGUGGAGGUUGGAAGCUUGUUGCUGGCCACCAAGCUGCUGGUGGACGUGGCCCUCGCUCGUGCAGCGAUCCAGAUGACCUGCGGCACAAGUCCGGACCCUGGAAGCAUGGGGCCGAUGGGAACUUGACUGGCUCUGCACAAGCUGACGCUGAACCUGAGGAUCUUCAAGCCCUACCUACCCUGAAUACCCUGGGGUACAAGCCCUGCUCUCUGGGUGGCUGCAGAGAAUGGCCUUUUAGCCUGUUGUGUGGAAGGGGGUCUUUGCUGUGCUUGCACAGCCCCUCCGCUUUCUGAAUAAACCUAUGGACUGA